GAGAAGUGCGUUGCUGCGGGCGGCUGGGUGCAGGAGCCCGCGCGGCCCUCGAGGGGCGCAAGAUGGGAUGGCGAGCGGGGAGGCUGCUGCUGCCACUGCUGCUGGCGCUCGUCCCCCGCCCCUGGCGUCCCUGCCUGGCUGCGGACUCGGAAAAGACCUCUGGCAUCCCCACAGAUAAAUUAUUAGUUGUAACUGUAGCAACAAAAGAAAGUGAUGGAUUCCAUCGAUUUAUGCAGUCAGCCAGAUAUUUCAAUUAUACUGUGAAGGUCCUUGGUCAAGGAGAAGAGUGGAGAGGUGGUGAUGGAAUUAAUAGUAUUGGAGGAGGCCAAAAAGUGAGAUUAAUGAAAGAAGCCAUGCAACAUUAUGCCAGUCAAGAUGAUAUGGUUGUUUUGUUUACUGAAUGCUUUGAUGUCAUAUUUGCUGGGGGUCCAGAAGAAGUUCUAAAAAAGUUCCAAAAGACAAACCACAAAGUGGUCUUUGCAGCAGAUGGAAUUCUGUGGCCAGAUAAAAAACUAGCAGACAAGUAUCCUGUUGUGCACAUUGGGAAACGCUACCUGAACUCAGGAGGAUUUAUCGGCUAUGCUCCAUAUAUCAACCGUAUAGUUCAACAGUGGAAUCUCCAGGAUAAUGAUGAUGAUCAACUCUUUUACACUAAAAUUUACAUUGAUCCCCUGAAAAGGCAAGCUGUUAACAUCACAUUGGAUCACAAAUGCAAAAUUUUCCAGACCUUAAAUGGAGCUGUAGAUGAAGUUGUUUUAAAAUUUGAAAAUGGGAAAGCCAGAGCUAAGAACACAUUUUAUGAAACAUUACCAGUGAUGAUUAAUGGAAAUGGACCCACCAAGAUUCUCCUGAAUUAUUUUGGAAACUAUGUACCUAAUUCAUGGACACAGGAUAAUGGCUGCACUCUUUGUGAAUUUGAUACAAUUGACUUGUCUGCAGUAGAUGUCCAUCCAAAUGUAACAAUAGGUGUUUUUAUUGAGCAACCAACACCUUUCCUACCUCGAUUUCUGGACAUAUUGUUGACCUUGGAUUACCCAAAAGAAGCCCUUAAACUCUUUAUUCAUAACAAAGAAGUCUAUCAUGAAAAGGACAUCAAGGUAUUUUUUGAUAAAGCUAAACAUGAAAUCAGUACUGUAAAAGUAGUAGGACCAGAAGAAAAUCUAAGUCAAGCCGAAGCCAGAAACAUGGGAAUGGAUUUUUGCCGUCAGGAUGAAAAGUGUGAUUAUUACUUUAGUGUGGAUGCAGAUGUUGUUUUGACAAAUCCAAGGACUUUAAAAAUUUUGAUUCAACAAAACAGAAAGAUUAUUGCUCCUCUUGUAACUCGUCAUGGAAAGCUAUGGUCUAACUUCUGGGGAGCAUUGAGUCCUGAUGGAUACUAUGCUCGAUCUGAAGAUUAUGUGGAUAUUGUUCAAGGGAACAGAAUAGGACUAUGGAAUGUCCCAUACAUGGCUAACGUGUACUUAAUCAAAGGAAAGACACUCCGAUCAGAGAUGAAUGAAAGGAACUAUUUUGUUCGAGAUAAAUUGGAUCCUGAUAUGGCUCUUUGCCGAAAUGCUAGGGAAAUGACUUUACAAAGGGAAAAAGACUCCCCUACUCCGGAAACAUUCCAAAUGCUCAGCCCCCCAAAGGGUGUGUUUAUGUACAUUUCUAAUAGACAUGAAUUUGGAAGGCUUUUAUCAACUGCUAAUUACAAUACUUCCCAUUAUAACAAUGACCUCUGGCAGAUUUUUGAAAAUCCUGUGGACUGGAAGGAAAAGUACAUAAACCGUGAUUAUUCAAAGAUUUUCACUGAAAAUAUAGUUGAGCAGCCUUGUCCAGAUGUCUUUUGGUUCCCCAUAUUUUCUGAAAAAGCCUGUGAUGAAUUGGUAGAAGAAAUGGAACAUUAUGGCCAGUGGUCUGGGGGAAAACAUCAUGAUAGCCGCAUAUCUGGUGGUUAUGAAAAUGUCCCAACUGAUGAUAUUCACAUGAAGCAAAUUGAUCUGGAGAAUGUAUGGCUUCAUUUUAUCCGGGAAUUUAUUGCACCAGUUACACUGAAGGUCUUUGCAGGCUAUUAUACAAAGGGGUUCGCGCUACUGAAUUUUGUAGUGAAAUACUCCCCUGAUAGACAGCGUUCUCUUCGCCCUCAUCACGAUGCUUCCACAUUUACUAUCAACAUUGCACUUAAUAAUGUGGGAGAAGAUUUUCAGGGAGGUGGAUGCAAAUUUCUAAGGUACAAUUGCUCUAUUGAAUCACCACGAAAAGGCUGGAGCUUCAUGCACCCUGGGAGACUCACACAUUUGCAUGAAGGACUUCCUGUUAAAAAUGGAACGAGAUACAUUGCAGUGUCGUUUAUAGAUCCCUAAGUUAUUUACUUUUCAUUGAGUUGAAUUUUCUUGUGGAAUGGAUGAUUGGCAUGAUCGCAUCUUUGAAGUUGUACUUGAGAAGAUGAGAGGAAUAUUUAAAUAACUUCAACAGAACAACUUCACUUUGGGCCAAACAUUUGAAAAACUUUUUAUAAAAAAUCGUUUGAUGUUUCUUAAUGUCUGCUCUGAGCCUUAAAAAACAGGUUGAAGAAGAAAAAGGAAAAAAGUAAAAUAAAAUAUUUAUUUCUAUGCUUUAUUGUCUUUGAGAAUAAUGACAAUUUUCUGAAUUUGUCUUUCAAGUUGAUAAAAUAUUCAGGUACAAAUGUACAAGGGACAAAUAAGACUAAUAAUAUUUUCUUAUUUAAGAAAAGCCCAGGAAGAAUUUUAUUUAUCAGUAUGUACUGGAAAUGUAGAAAAAAUGGAUGUAAAUGAAAAUCAUCAGGUUUUGAGACCUUGGAAAUCUGAUUCUAUCUGAGUUUGUAUGUAAUUGUGUAAGUACUUUUUUGACCACCCAUGAAGGGCCUUUUUAUAGUAGUUACUAAGGGAACACGAAGAAAAUACUACACAAUGUUUUUCCUCAAGAAACUUAGUAGAAAACACAACUGAGGAGCAUAUCCAGUUGAAAGCAAUUUGGUUUAGAUUAUGAGACAGGUUAUUUUAUGUUUGUAAUAGAAAUUAAACCCUAUGUGCCUUCAGAUGAGUCUCCCACAGUGGAUUAUAUCAAGUUGGUAUUAGAUUGAGGAAAGCUCACAGGCCUUUCCGUAUCUACUGCUAUAUCAGGUAUCAGUUUAAGAUUAGCAGGUGUCCUUAAGUCAAAACAGGUUUUGCUUUAUUUCAUUUUUUUUUAAUUUUAGAAAAUAGUGAGGAAAAAGAUAAAAAUCAUUGAGAUUAGUAGUGCAUCUUAUGAUCUUUAAAAAUCUUUUAAGUACUUGAAUUUUGUAUCAGGACAAGAAAGUAGUUGAGCCUACCUUCUUCCCUGUGCCCUUUGUCUCUCUCCUUAUUCUUACUUGGGGGAGUUAUUUUUUCUAUUCUUGUCGUAAUCUCCAUGUUAUUCUUCCUAGUGUCUUUGUUAAUUCCCUCUAUCCUGCUUUUUAAAAAUCCCCAAAGUUGUUGACUUGAUUUUUCACCAUUUCUCUGAGUAAUGUUUAAAUAUUCUUAUU